UUGACUAAAAAAUUGUUUGAAUUUGAUUGAUAAUUAAACGUGUUUUCUCAGUAUUUACACCGUUACCGUAAAAUUAAAUAAAUCAAUAUUGAACUUGAAUAUUCUCACAUAAGUAGAUCGAAAAUUUAUAACCUUAAAAUGGCACAAACAAAUAUAGACGACACCGUAACAAGAUACGAAAAUUUCAUAAACGAAGUACUAAAAGAAGACCUCAGAGAACUAGAAACGAAAUUAGAGUUUUUUAAUAAUGAAGUUUCAGAUUUAAUACAACAGAAGCACACAUUAAAAGUGUUAACAAACAAAAAUAUUCAUCCCACCGGUUUCAAGACACAAGUUAACGUUGGUUGUAAUUUCUUCAUGGAGGCGUCAGUGUCCAAAACCGAUACGUUGCUUGUGAACAUCGGAUUGAAUCACUACAUAGAAUUUAAAUUAUCAGAAGCCAACAGAUUUUUGGAGGCGAGAAUAAAGUCUUAUGAAAAAAAAUCUCAUGAGGUACGUCUCAGGGCAGCACAGGUUUCUGCACACAUUAAGUUGAUGUUAUACGGUAUUUCCGAAUUACAAAACAGAAACAAUAGUGAUGGUUCUAGUACUUAAAGCAACUGUGUGAAUAAUUUGGAGUAAAACUGUUAUUAUGUUCGGUGUACUAUGUUUCAUAGAAUUUUUAUCAAGAUAAAUGUAUUUUAGUUUGUAAAAUCAUAAA